AUGUACGGAAGCAGCAGGGGCGAACUCCCCUACGACUACACCUCCGAAUUCCCACCACCGCCAUUGUUCAUACCCAUCCCCGGCGCCGCUGAGCACGAUUCGCUCUCAGCGUUGAGGUCGGAGAUCGGAUACACCAGCAGCGGCUGCAGCAGCUACGGCGGCUCCCCCACCCCCUACAGCCCCACCCUGAUGCAGCGCAGUAUCAGCAGCCUCUCUCUUCAUGGAAACAUGGACGCCUUCUCCGCCAUCAACUCCUCCUCCCCCGCCUACUGCGACUACGACACCACCUCCGUCCGGAAGGUCCUCAGCACCGGCGAUUUGCAGCAGCAGCAGCAGAGCCCGAGAAUGAACAGUCCGUUGAUGAACGAGAGCAGUAUUAUAGAGAGCAUGAGUAGAGCCAGUCCGUACAGCCCCGAGGAGAAGAAAGAGAGAAUCGAGAGAUACAGAAGCAAGAGGAAUCUUAGGAACUUCAACAAGAAGAUCAAGUACGAGUGCAGGAAGACGUUAGCAGACAGCCGGCCGCGAAUAAGGGGGAGAUUCGCGAGGAACGACGAAACAGACAAGGCGCCUCAGACUCAAUCUCAAUGGGAAGAGCACAACCAAGACGAGGAUGAUGAAAACUGGAUCAAUUUCAUUGAUUCGUUUUCGGCCAAUCUCAUGCCCUAAGGGAACUUAUUUCAUGGUUUCUGGUCCCAUAAUUAAUUAAUCAGGUGUUUCAGCCUUGUUGUUAGGGACUCUUCUUCCAUAGAUGCAUGGACCAUUAAUACUUAGUCUAUGUAUCAUGAGAGAUUCUUGUGUAAAACCAUAUGAUGGGUCAAAUAUUUCUUUAGACACAAGUUUGAAUUUGAAUAACAA